UCCCAUAGGAGCCAUACAUAAAUGUAAUAUGCUUGGAUCGCCCUCUUUUUAGCAGCAAGAGAACUUUGCGUCUGUCCUAAAUUUCAAUAGUGGCUAUUAAAUUCCAUUUCCGCUGCUAAAUUUUGUCGCUUCGUAGCCAUAGCCAGUCCACAACCGGCAGGUGUCCGUCAUCUCUCAUUCACCAUCAUCCGACAUGGCUACGUGGCACAACAAUAGGACAUCCAACGAAAUGUCGACGAAACGUCGUCGUUCGGUUGGUUGCUUUUAAAGAACGAGUCCUCUUUGGCGCUUUAACCCAACGAAUCUUCCAAUUGACCUUUCCACUCAACGCAACCUCUCCACGCGCCUGAUUAAAACAGAUACCAGCCAUUUCGCUUUUGAUUGGCAGCGGGGAAUAAAGCCACGCGCCGAAAUUUCUAAGCAAAAUCUACGCGGUUCGUUUCAUCACUGAUCGUGUUUUAAACUGCCCAAAUAGAAGGGAAAUGAAAUAUUGGCAAAAAAAAAAAAAAAAAAGAAAAGAAAAGAAAGUAAAUUGAAUUGAAGCAGAGCAGGGGUCCUCUCUGUUACAUCGUCCCUGCAAACGAGACAUCGCCUUUAAACGAACUCCACCAAACGACAAGCAAGCCGACAUAGCGGGAGAAACAGAAAUAAAAAACCGAUUGAAAAUUCAUUUUCUGAAUCUACGUUUGCUCAUUUUCAAUUUUUUUUUUGGGAUCGGGAAGAAAAAAGGAAAAUAAAAGAAGGAAGAUGAGUGGAUGGGACAGAGUUAGGUCGUCGACGAGAUCGCAACAGGGUCGUAGUCAGAACUUGAGUCAACGGGCGCCGUCUCGAACCGUCACGCUGGGUCGGGUUCAGCCCCAGGCGCCCGCCUUCCGCACCAUCUACUGCAAUGACCGCGACGCCAAUUACACCCAUCGUUACAGGGGGAAUUCCAUAUCAACUACAAAGUACAACUUUUUAACCUUUCUGCCGAAGGGGCUGUAUGAACAGUUCAGGCGGGUAGCUAACUUGUACUUUCUUAUGGUAUCAAUUCUGUCAGCAACUCCAUACAGUCCUGUGCAUCCUAUAACAAAUGUAGUUCCUCUGAGUCUGGUGCUUUUAGUUUCUCUUAUUAAAGAGGCAUUUGAGGACUGGAAACGUUUUCAGAACGAUAUGGCAAUAAAUAACACUCUUGUAGAUGUGUUGCAAGAUCAAAGGUGGGAGUCUAUUCCAUGGAAAAAGUUGCAGAUUGGAGAUAUUGUCAGGGUUAAGCAAGAUGGAUUUUUUCCUGCAGAUAUGCUUUUACUUGCUAGUACAAAUCCUGAUGGAGUUUGCUACAUUGAGACUGCAAAUUUGGAUGGGGAAACAAAUCUGAAAAUCAGAAAGGCGCUAGAAAGGACUUGGGAUUACGUGACUCCUGAAAAAGCCUGUGAAUUCAAAGGUGAAGUGCAAUGUGAACAACCAAACAACUCUUUAUACACUUUUACUGGCAAUCUUGUAAUGGACAAUCAAACAUUGCCUCUUUCUCCAAAUCAGAUUUUACUGAGGGGUUGCAGUCUAAAAAACACUGAGUUCAUAGUUGGGAUCGUUAUUUUUACUGGUCAUGAAACAAAGGUUAUGAUGAAUUCCAUGAAUGUUCCUUCGAAAAGAAGUACGUUAGAGAGGAAACUUGACAAACUUAUACUCACUCUCUUUGGUACUCUUUUCACUAUGUGUCUGAUUGGAGCAAUUGGCAGUGGUGUAUUCAUUAACCGAAAGUACUACUACUUAGGUCUUAGUACAAGUGUGGAAGAUCAGUUCAACCCUAACAACCGAUUUCUGGUUGCUCUUUUGACCAUGUUGACCCUGCUUACUUUAUACUCGACAAUUAUCCCUAUAUCUCUAUAUGUUUCUAUUGAGAUGAUCAAGUUUAUUCAGUCCACUCAAUUUAUCAACAAGGAUUUAAAUAUGUACCAUGCUGAAACUGACACCCCUGCUUUGGCCAGGACUUCUAAUUUGAACGAGGAACUUGGACAGGUGGAAUACAUUUUUUCUGAUAAAACUGGAACUUUGACAAGAAAUUUAAUGGAGUUCUUCAAGUGCUCGAUUGGAGGUGAAAUUUAUGGAACUGGUAUGACUGAAAUUGAGAGAGGUGUUGCUGAACAAAAAGGCAUAAAGGUUCAAGUGGUGCAAACAUCAAUCAAUUCUAUACAGGAAAAGGGUUUUAAUUUUGAUGAUGUCAGAGUCAUGCGAGGAGCUUGGAGAAAUGAGCCUAAUCCUGAUGCUUGCAAGGAAUUUUUUAGAUGCCUUGCCGUUUGUCAUACUGUGCUUCCUGAAGGUGAUGAGUCCCCAGAGAAAAUCAAAUAUCAAGCUGCAUCCCCAGAUGAGGCUGCUUUGGUUUCAGCUGCAAAAAAUUUUGGCUUCUUCUUUUACAGACGUACCCCUACCAUGAUAUAUGUUCGUGAAUCUCAUGUGGAGAGGAUGGGUAAAAUCCAAGAUGUGUCUUAUGAGAUUUUAAAUGUUCUUGAGUUCAAUAGUACGAGGAAGCGCCAAUCUGUUGUAUGUCGUUGUCCAGAUGGCAGGCUGGUACUAUACUGUAAGGGAGCUGAUACUGUCAUUUAUGAGAGAUUGGCAGGUGGAAAUGAUGAUUUAAAGAAAGUGACCAGGGAACACUUGGAACAAUUUGGUUCUGCUGGAUUACGUACCCUUUGCCUGGCCUAUAGAGAUCUAGCUCCUGACAUGUAUGAAAGCUGGAAUGAGAAAUUCAUCCAAGCCAAGUCAUCUCUACGAGAUCGUGAAAAAAAGUUGGAUGAGGUGGCUGAACUCAUAGAGAAGGAUCUUGUUUUAAUUGGUGCAACUGCAAUAGAAGACAAGCUUCAAGAAGGAGUUCCAAAUUGCAUUGAGACUCUUUCUAGAGCUGGAAUUAAGAUUUGGGUGCUAACAGGGGAUAAGAUGGAAACUGCAAUAAAUAUAGCUUAUGCAUGCAACUUACUAAACAAUGAGAUGAAACAAUUCAUUAUCAGCUCUGAAACAGAUGCUAUUAGAGAAGUUGAAGAAAGGGGGGACCAAGUUGAAAUUGCACGCUUUAUCAAGGAGGAAGUUAAUAAGCAACUUAAGAAGUGCCUUGAUGAGGCACAGCAAUAUUUUAACAGAGUCUUUGGACCAAAAUUAGCACUUAUUAUAGAUGGAAAGUGUCUGAUGUAUGCUUUAGACCCAAGUUUACGGAUAAUGCUCCUCACUUUGAGUUUGAAUUGUUCUUCAGUUGUUUGCUGCCGAGUCUCUCCUUUACAGAAAGCACAGGUAACAAGUUUGGUGAAGAAAGGUGCACGUAAAAUUACACUUAGUAUUGGUGAUGGUGCCAAUGAUGUUAGCAUGAUUCAAGCUGCUCAUAUUGGCGUUGGAAUUAGUGGGCUGGAGGGGAUGCAAGCAGUAAUGGCUAGUGAUUUUGCAAUUGCUCAGUUUCGCUUUCUUAAAGAUUUGCUCCUUGUGCAUGGACGUUGGUCUUAUCUUAGAUUAUGCAAGGUUGUGACGUAUUUCUUUUACAAGAAUCUUACAUUUACUUUGACUCAAUUUUGGUUCACCUUUAAUACUGGAUUUUCUGGUCAAAGAUUCUAUGAUGAUUGGUUCCAGUCAUUGUAUAAUGUCAUAUUCACUGCACUACCAGUGAUUAUUGUUGGGCUUUUUGACAAGGAUGUCAGUUCAUCUCUUUCAAAGAAGUACCCUGAAUUAUACAAAGAGGGAAUAAGAAAUAUGUUUUUCAAGUGGAGAGUUGUUGCAAUAUGGGCCUUCUUUGCUGUCUAUCAAUCUCUAGUCUUCUCAUUUGUGACUGUUUCCAGUUCUACAAGUCAAGGUUCAUCCGGUAAAAUGUUUGGUCUUUGGGAUGUCAGCACAAUGGCUUUCACAUGUGUUGUAGUAACUGUCAAUUUGCGUCUUCUUAUGAUCUGUAAUUCAAUCACAAGAUGGCAUUACCUUAGUGUUGGAGGAAGCAUUCUAGCAUGGUUUGUGUUUAUUUUUAUAUAUUCUGGUAUUAUGACUCCACAUGAUCGCCAGGAGAAUGUCUUCUGGGUCAUAUAUGUCUUGAUGAGUACAUUCUAUUUCUACAUCACUCUUCUCUUUGUUCCUGUUGCUGCACUCUUGGGAGAUUUCCUUUACCUAGGUGUGCAAAGAUGGUUCUUCCCCUAUGAUUAUCAGAUUGUUCAGGAAAUUCACAAGGAUGACGCUGAUGAUACUGGUCGUUCAAAUUUACUGGGAAUCGAAAAUCACCUUACACCUGAUGAAGCAAGAAGCUAUGCUAUUUCUCAAUUGCCAAGGGAAAUAUCGAAACACACGGGAUUUGCCUUCGACUCCCCUGGGUACGAGUCAUUUUUUGCUUCACAGUUAGGUAUAUAUGCACCGCACAAGGCAUGGGAUGUUGCUCGGAGAGCUAGCAUGAGGUCAAAACCAAAGACAAACAAAAGGAAUUGAAUUCAAAGGAACAUUUUGUAUAAUAGUUUUGAAUGCCCCCUUUUUAUAUUCUAAAAUUAGAGAAUCUGUAAAAUUAGUCAAUUUGCUGUAGUGCUUUUUUUUUUUUAAAUUUAUUUUUCAUUUUUCUUCCAUUAUAAAGCUUUCUUUUUAGGAACCAAAUCCAGUAUCAGGGUUGUUGCGGAUGUACAGCUACAUGAAUAGACUUAAAUGCGAAUUUCAUUAUCCAA